AAGAACUCCAGGAGAGAAAGUCUGAAGUAAUGUUGACACUAGCUCCUCUAAAGGCUAAGUUGGCUUGCCUGACCAGAAAAUGCCAGGAAAGGAACAGCUUCAUUGUCAGGAUGCAUGGCGAGUUUCACCGUCGAGGAUUUAACAACUCCAUGUUCGAUGAAGAGGUGAGAAGCUUGGUGAACGACGUUGCCCUUGCAGAGUACACAGCCACUUUUACAACAACGUGUAAUCAAGAGAUGCUGCCUUCUUCCACAGACAUUUCAGAGGCCAGUGGACAGUCAGAGUAUCAUGAAGCUUCAGUCAGAGAGAGCAGAAUGUCAGGGUCGAUACCUGUAACCUUCCUGCAAGAGGCAGAUGGUAUCCACAGUUCUCACAUCACUCCAAAUAUAUACACCAGUUCUCCUGUAAAAUUAACAGGUCCAGAGAAGAUCAUAACCUUGCAUCAGGAACUAAGACAAAACCAUCAGAGAAUCUGCCAGAUGCCUUCAUUUGUCUCCUCCAAUACAAACUCAAAGGCUGGCCCCAACCUGUCCAUGACUCAUGAGGAAACACCUUGGCCUCCACUCCCAAAGAUGAAGGACACACUGGAGCUUUCGAAGCGUGACUGGUCCAUGCAGGGGAGGGACUGCUUGUCCAAAUGGGAUGAUGUAUUUGGGGGUCAAAUAGGAAAUCAGCAUGCAAGUGCUAUUCCCCAGGGAAUUAAACAGAAAGAUGUCAUUACAAAUAAUGCAUGGCUCUCUAGAGAAAAAACAGAUGGCUCAACCUCAGCUACCACAGCAAAAAGCUCUUUGUCAGACAUGUUGUCAGCAAGUAAUAAAGGUCGAAAUCCUGUGGGAAGAAAUCAGCUGCAUGGGAAAGAAUAAAAAGCUCAGAAAUAAA